GGCCUGUGCUACCUCCCAGCAUGGCGGCCAGAGAAGGGGUGGAAGUGGACGCUCGUCCGGUUCCUCCGCCGGCGAGCUCGGCGCUGGUCGAGCGGGGAGUUUCCGAGGGUCUGCAGCUGACCCCCGCCGCUCGAAAGUCGCAGCCGUCGGAUCUGGUGGCUUUGGCCGAGCAAGUGGAGAAGGCGGAUGAGUUUGUCCGAGCGAAUGCCUGCAACCGGUUAACCGUCAUUGCAGAACAAAUCCGAUAUUUGCAAGAACAAGCCAGAAAGGUUCUGGAAGAUGCCAAAAGAGACGCCGACCUCCACCACGUGGCUUGUAACUUUGUGAAAAAACCUGGAAAUACUUAUUACCUGUACAGGAGAGAAAGUGGCCAGCGUUAUUUCUCCUUGCUUUCCCCAAAGGAGUGGGGGGCUAACUGCCCCAACGAGUUCCUCGCCGGCUACAGGCUGCAACACGACCUCUCCUGGACCCCUUCGGACGAGGCGGAGAAACGGGACACCGAACUCAACGUCUUGGAGAAGCUGCUGGACCAACAAGCCAUUUUGCCCCCUUGUAGCGAACCCAAUUUUUGCGGCCUUACGAUGUGACGCCCGGUUCUCCUCUUCGCAAAUCGUUCUCUCCUGGCUGCUUCUGAGAAACCGAAAGGGGCAGAAUGACUGGAGAACAGCUUCCUCUUCGACACCCAUUUGGAAAUUUUUUCCUGAUUUUUGUUUUGAAUUUUAGUUUCCCAUCCUUGCGGUUUUAGCCCUUUAGCGACAGGACGGCGGCCUGAGAAAGUAAUUUUUGCCUCGUUUCAGGUCCCCUCCUGCAAGGGACAGUCCAAAUUAAGACCGCCUCUCCUCCCCCCGCCCCCAAGUUGGGAAUCCUCUCGCUCUUCAGCAGACAAGGUAAGAGGCGGUAGGGUCCCCUUGGAGGUCAUCUAAUCCCACCCUGUUCCCAGGGAUAAAAUCCAUCACGACAAACUUGACUGUAAUUAUAUUUAUGUCUUGCUUUCCCAAUUGGGAAGAUUAUUUAUUUAUAGAAUGAAGGUUUUUUUCUUUUCAUUUUCCCAAUAACCUGAGAGGUAGUUUGGACCGAAAGAAAACCACAGGUUUUUUUUUAUUAUUUUAUUUUUAAUCAGAGGAAGGAGAUUUAACUAAUAGUUUUAUUUAGUUAGGAAUCCCAUUGCAUUGAGGAGAAAAUUCUCUUCCUGUAACGGAUGUAGUAAGAAUGUUUAUCACGGGGAAUGCUGAGUGUCCGGUAUGAGGCAACAGAUCUUGGUCCUAACAGUUUGGAUAUUUUAAUUAUUUUUUUAAGAACCUAAAAACGAACAGAAAC